AUGGACGUCGACAAUAAUCCUUCGGGCCCAUCGGUGCCGUUGACGGUGCCCCCUCCGCCUGGCCAAAGCCCGGACCAGCUGCAGCCCGGAGGAACGCAUCCACCUGUCAUCAUCAGACGGCGUGCCCCCAUUGCCUGCCGAAGGUCCGACAAAAGCAAGAAACGAGAUGUGACGAAAAUGAAAAGUGUAGACGAGUCUAUCCCAGUACGUCUACCUGUUCCGGCGGCUCCUAGCCAGGUUAAGGGCGGCGAUGAAUGGGAUCUGUUGCCUCCUCUUCUCGAGGUUCUCGAUGCCGUCAACACUUUUACGCGACAUUACUUCCAGCUUGGCUUUAUCCCGAAGCAAUUGUUUCCAGAACGACUCCAAGCGAACCCCCGCUCUGUCAGUGUUUUUUUCCUCCUGGGGAUCCUCAGUGUCUCGGCGCGGUUGACACCAGCGCUAGUGAGACGAUAUGGGAGCGCCGUCAAAGCCUCUGAGAUAUUCAUGGAGCGAGCUUCUGCUUUAGCACAGACUGAGGUUUACAAGGAGCCAAGUCUGGAGAGAUGCCAGGCCUUCUAUCUGCUCAGUAUCGCCCAGCAAGGGAGCGGCUUGAAAUACCAGAGUUCUAUCAACAUGGCCAUAUCUAUCCGAAUGGCGACUUUGAUGCAAUUGCACAGGGAAGAAACAUAUGUCCUGCAAAAUCCCACUAGAGAGCUCAUCAUUAGGGCCGAGUCUGCCCGCAGAACCCUCGCAUAUCUUGGUGUAACCAUGAUCCCUCGCCUUUGCAAUAUUGUCCUUCGGAAAGCAUAUCUACAGGAGAUGCUAUCUGAUAAUAAAUCAGACCCCACGUUGACCUCGUUUUGGAAUAAGAUGGCCCAUGAGCUUUUCCAGAACGUUGAAGAUCUCUACCAACAAAUCGAAACUCAGUUCUCAGAACGGCCGUCAGAAGAGGGGCCAGGUGCUCAGAUGGCAAUUCCCGCACAGACCGUAUGGCCUUUAGCCAGCAGAUGGUAUGAACACCUCGAGCGAUUCUACAAGACGCAGUCGGUGGUGCCUGUUGGAGCAGAAGGGGGAAUGGAUGACAGCCGUGAUCCUAUUCCCCAUGUUCUGCAACAAGCUCCCAAGGGACAAGAUAUGAGGUCUGGUAGUCAGACAUCCAUCUCUCCGAUCCCAGGGCGAGAUGGUCAGCCAGCCAGCAACCCGGCUGUAACUAUCGCUCCAUUAUCUACACCUCCUGUCGUUUCAACCUCGUAUGCAGGCGCAGCUGGUAUAGCGCCACCGACCUCAGUCGCUCAAGCUCAAACUGUACCACAACCGUUACCUCCUCAACAACACAUGCUUCCUUCUCACAGCCAGGUCGAAGUUACACCAGCAACAGUUCCAGUACCGCAAGGCCCUGCUGCUCCAAGGCCGCCCACUACUGACGGCUUGGGCUUGCUCCUUGAAGCCUUCGAUACACACCAAGCAGCGAGUGGUGCAGCAGCUCCUCCCAAUGUCGUGGUGGCUGGACCAACCACCAUAACUACCGUUCCUCAACCUCCACACUCUCAGCACCAAGCUCAAGCAACGUUCAGCCCACAUGUCCCAACCCAGCAGCAACAGGCAUACUUCCCUCCUCAGACUCAGCCGCAACCGAAUCCCCAUGCAACAGGGCUGGUUAUGAACGAUGGUCAGGUUGGUCUGGAGGGGGAAUACCGGCAACUUCUCCGUCAAGGGCGCCAGUUUACCAACUACAACUUCCGAGAGUACGCCAAACGCCGGACGCGGGAUGCGUUCCGGGAGAAUAAGGAUGUCCAGGACCCCGCUCAGAUCCAGGAGUUGAUCCAGAAGGGGAGGCAAAACCUGGAUAUGAUGAAGCGCCAGGUGGCGAUCAGCCAAUUUUACCAGCUGAACAAGCUUGUGGUGGAAGGCGGGUUAUCAGGCAAGGAUUCGCCGGGGCAUGGCGAGACGGUUAGGCAGAAAGACACUGGCUGGGACUGA